AUGAAACUAUCAAAAAUAAUUCUCCUCUUUUCAAAUUUUAUUUUACUAGCUGAUCAGCAGCCCGAAAUCGGUAACAAUACGGUGGCCCAGACCCUACUAAAUUGGAGAUCAAGCCUCGAUGAUGAAAGUAGUAAACUUCUUUCGUCAUGGGUCGGGCCCGACCCAUGCAAAAGCUGGGUCGGGAUUGGCUGCAACAAGAAUAACAUCACUAUAACAAGUAUCAGUCUUGAGAAUUUUAAUUUGCAAGGUAAUCUUGAUCUUUUCGAUUUUUCGACCUUAUCGAGUCUCGAAAGUUUGAAUCUUGGUAACAAUCAGUUAACGGGCCCAAUUCGAUCGGAGAUACGAUACUUGAGAAGGUUAAAAGAUCUAAACUUUUCAAGUAAUCAACUCACGGGCCGAAUACCGUUAGAGCUAGGUGAGCUAAGGUCACUCGAGAAUCUUGAUCUUGGGUCUAAUGAUCUUGAUGGUCAAAUCCCAAUUUCAUUGGGCCACUUAGCCCAUUUGUAUUUCCUUGAUCUUCAGGAGAAUAAACUAUCCGGGCCCAUUCCAAGUUCUUUUGAAAACUUCACCAACAUUGAAUAUCUUUACUUGCAAAAGAACCAAUUAACCGGGCCUAUUCUUCCGAACAUCGGAAACCCGAGAACACUCAUCGAUCUUCGCCUUUAUGACAACUUUCUAACGGGCUCAAUCCCGGGCCCGAUAGGAAACUAUACCAGGCUCGUAUCAUUGUAUCUACACCAAAACCAACUUUCGGGCUCCAUUCCUAUCGCGUUAGGGAAGCUGAAAACGCUUCUUGAUUUGGCAUUAUCGGUCAACAUUCUAACGGGCUCGUUUCCUGAAGAACUAAACAACUUAACAAUGAAACUGGAAACACUUUCACUAGGUAGCAAUAGGUCUCGGGUCAUUUACCGACCCAUAUAUGCUUUAGUGGAUCGUUGCUUUUCUUCUCGGUUCGAGGGAAACCAGAUUACGGGAAAUGUAACGGAUGCUUUAUCCUACAACGGGUUGACUGGCGGGCUUCCGCAACAAUUUGGAGGUUUAAAAAUGUUGGAAACUUUGAACAUUUCACACAACAACUUCACGGGUUCGAUCCCUACAACUUUUAAUGGCCUUUUUAGUUUGACCAUGAUCGAUAUAUCGUAUAAUUAG